AUGUCAGAAGCGGGGGAGGAAACGCAGGAAAUCGCGCAGUGGAAUUCCUUCGGACUUGACCCAAGAAUUUUGGCUGGGAUCGCUGCACUAGGUUGGAAAGAGCCGACAGAAAUCCAAGAAGCCGGGUUGCCAAUCGCUCUGAAAGGAAAAGACAUUCUGGCCAAGGCCCGAACUGGCUCUGGAAAAACCGGUGCGUACUUGAUCCCGAUUGUCCAGCGAAUCCUCCACAUCCCCAGCUCCCGUGCUCUAAUAAUCGGCCCUACGAGGGAGUUAUGUUCGCAAAUCGAAGCUGUCGUCCGAGAACUCUGUGUCAAAUGCCUCGAUUCGAUUUCAAUUUACGAGCUUGGAUCAGAAGUUGAGUCUGAAUCAGCUAUUUCCGCAUCCAUCGUGAUCGGAACUCCUGGAAGAAUCCUAAAUGCGCUAAAAUCGGAGCGUCUCUCCCUCGAAGAACUCUCAGUCAUGGUCCUGGACGAAGCCGAUCUUCUCUUCGGAUUCGGAAACGACAAAAUGGUCGCGGAAAUCGUCACAUAUCUCCCUGGAACGCAGCAAUCCUUCCUCAUGUCCGCCACCCUCUCAGAACAAGUCGAAAAAAUGAAGAAACUAGCGCUUCGGAAUCCAGUAACGCUCAAGCUCGACGACUCCUCGUUGCCGAACGCGGAAGUUCUCCAGCAAUAUCAGAUUAAUUUGAACGAAGACUUUGAAAAGUACUUGGUGAUUUUGAGCUUUCUCAAGUUGAGAAUCGUCAGAGGAAAAUCGCUUGUCUUUGCUUGUGGAACAAAUAGGUGUUACAAGCUGAAACUCUUCCUGAAGCAAUUCGGAAUACCUUCAGUUGUCCUGAGCUCCGAACUAGCCGCUGCUUCUCGUCACAACGCAGUGCAACAGUUCAAUAAAGGAAAGUUCGACAUCAUGAUUGCCAACGAUCAGGUCGAUCUGGAUGAGGAAAUUCAAGAAGGAGAACACACGAAAGCUAAAAAAGAGGAAAAAGAUUCGAAGAAGAAAAAGUCAAAAACGCAAGAAGAAGAUCAUCGGGAAUUCGGCGUGUCGAGAGGAAUCGACUUUCAGAACGUCUCCAACGUCAUCAACUUCGAUUUCCCUACUUCGGCCAAGCAGUACAUUCACCGAGCAGGGCGAACAGCAAGAGGAGACAACAAAGGGCGAGUCAUUAAUUUGAUGAUCGGGCAAGAAGAAAGAGACGUACUGGAUAAAGUGACGGAAGUGACGGGAAUCCCUGUUGAUCGAUUCAAGUUCAAAAUGGAAGAAGUUGAAGGUCUAAGAGGAAGAGCAUCAGAUGCGCUUGACAAGUGCAGCAAAAGAGCAAUCCGAGACAGCCGAGUCGCCGAAAUCAAACAGGCGAUCUUGAAUUCAAAGAAACUACAGGAAGAGUAUUUUACUCGACAUGAAAACGACCUGCUAGCGCUGCGACACGAUGCAAACUUGAAAAAAGUGUCGAAACGAUCCGAUUUGGCGAAUAUUCCAACUUACCUGCUCCCCGCACAAAUCAAAAACUCACUGAAUAUCGAAAACGCGCGGCUGAAAUCGAAAACCAAGAAUUAUCACAAAAAGGGACUGUCGACGAAAGAAAAGCAAGCCUUGCUCAAGAAGAGAAAAGCGAACGAUCCAUUGAAGACGAAGGCGAAACGAGUGAAGUAA